ACGCGGCUGAGAAGACUUCACCUCUCUCUCCAUGUCUCAAGCUCUCUCUGCUUCUCUCACAGGGCAGCUAGGGUGGGCUAAAUCGGAACAUGGACACACACAAACAUAGUUAGCAAGAGGGGGUGGCGGUGGGGCGUCCUACAGUUGCUCAGUGACACACACUUGUGAGGAGUGGGACCCUGAGGGAAAAGCUGGAGGUUUCCUAUGUUUCCAUAUAUCAAGGAUUUUACUGGAGUCCGUUUUUCAUAGCUGGGAUUUAACCUCAUUUCGAUGGGAUUACUUUUUUCGCUGGCUCCCCUGGAUAACGUGUGAAUAUUUAGAUAUUGUGUUGCUACUCCUGUGGGUGUGGACAAAGGUUUUGGCAAUCAAGUGUCUGAGUGUGAGACUGGGUUAACAGGAGGAGUGACGGGCAAUAACAAACAAGCAGACACACAUAAAAUCCAACACAUUUCUUAUUAAUGGUGGCGGAAGGUAACCCGCCAUAUCCCCCUCUCUAUUUGUUACGUAAUUACCUUUCAACAGAACUAACAACUGCAGCCACUGAACAAACAAAGGCAACAGCAAUUAGUCCCAGCAACCUGUGGAAAGAAUUCCCUCAUAUGAAGCGAGAAAAUGACCAAAGGCGCAGACAAAGCACAUCUGCAGUAGUUGCCACGGUGUCUCCUACGAAGCAAGCAAGAAGUACUUGGACGUAAACUGCUCUUCACAGAGGAGGCAAGAUGUCACGGCCUCCUUCCUCCCAGACAACCCCCCAGUUCUACAGGGUCAGCGACAGAGAUCUCACCGAGAUCGAGCUACAUUCUGUCGACUCCAUCAAUGAUCUCCACCGAACACACCCUGAACACAACCACAAAGGGAUGAGGCCUCCGCGUCCUGCUUACACACCCUCCCUGAAUGGGAACCUCUACACCUGUGAUAUGGCAGCUGUCAGGCAAAGAGGCCAUCCAGCCAGCAGCAAAUGGCAGAGCCGUCUGCAGGAUAUGUUGACACCCACUUCAUCACGUGCCUAUGCCAUGGGCUGUGCUAUUAUCACUUUGCUUCUGCUAACAGUAUUACUCAUCUUCUACUUUUUGGUCCAGCAGGGCGGCGCAAUCCAGGUGCUGACUAUGGCAGCAAGGGAGAAAGAGGCUGCAGCCACAGAGCUUUCACUACUGAUCCAAGAACUUCAGGCACUGAGACAAAACCUGACAGCUAUGAGAGGAGGGACAUGAGGAAGAUAUGCACAGACAUCUAAAAUGCAAAUGUAUACACACAUACAUACCGUACACUUUUAAUAUGGACACGAGAUGCUUUAAAGUGCAGUAAAACUGUGUUUUACAAUGGAUUUUUCCUUGAAGAGGAAACAGAUGUCAGAUUGCCCUCUAAAUGUUUUUUUGUCUUUCAAGAUUAAAUGUAUCUGAUGGAACCAUGUAAUUAAGAGAGGAGACGUUUCUGAAAACCUCCCAUCUCAAACUCCAGUUGUCAUUAAAGCAGUAUGACUGGUUGGAUUAAAUGAACUGAGGUGGUGUAUCUCAUAGCAUUACAUCGCAUAAUACACAUUUAAUGUUUAAAGACAAACUAUCUUUAAAAAUGUACGAGAUGGUGUAUUUUGUGCUGUCAAUCACUUUGUGCGAGUGGGUGUCAGUGUCAUAUAUUUAACACUGAAAAAGAAAUUCAUGGAAAUUAAAAUGUGGUGGAGCUUGUUAAACUGACUUUGAUCCCAGUCAAAAAUGGUUAAAUGUGUUAUUGCAGACAAUGUUGUUUUCCAAGCCUGUUUUUAUUCCUGUAACAUUCUUUAAAAAAUAUAUAAAAAAUAAAAAUUUGAUGAUUGAUGACUUCACCCCCUAAUAUUAGCACUGGGUAAUAAAUAAUGAAUUAUUUAAAAUGUAACCGUUCAUGAUUCAAUUGCUUUAAUAUUUCCUGAUUUUCACCAAAGAAAACACCAAAGAAGCACUUAGGUU